GUAUUGUAUAUUAUGUGAGUUACAAAUACAUGAUGUUUGUUUAUGAGCGACGCCGCUCUCACCUAUAUUAUGGUCGUCGAUGAGUUGUUCCUCCUCGGUUUGCUCUACUUCGUCGGAGAUCUGUACAAGCCGCUAUCAAGAGGACGUCCGGCUGCCAGAGAAUCAGAUCUUGGUGCAGCUGUUGUGUGCUUCUUUUUUUUUUUUUUAAUCCCUGCUCCUUAGUGCUAAAGAGAAGCCCAAAUCAUGGGGUGUUUUCUACUAGUAUGUUUUAUGUAGUUUGUGGUCAAUUUUACAAGUUUUGUGGUGUGAUUUGUCAUAUUUCUGGUUUGGUAUGAGUUAAAGUUAUGUUUCAUGAUAUUUAUUGUCAGCUUUAUAAGUUUUUUGGCUGUUUCGGAAAAUACGUGGUAACCUCGUGAAAUUUCUAUUCUGUUUCUUUUCUUUCUGUCGUUUAAUUCUCAUUGUCAAUGUUUAAUUCCCAAUUAUGUUCUCACUAUCCAAGGCUGAGGUCUAGUCUUAAUAUAUAAACUAAUAGCCUCAUUUGGCGCCGUGGCUUAUGCUUCCGAUACCUUUCCUUGCCCAAGCCCACUGAGUGCGUUAAUUACUCCAAUCAAAGUCAACAACUCUAUGUUUUCCCCAAACUUGAAGGGGUGAAGGUUGCUCCGAUGGCUCCCAGAAUCUCGCAUCUCUUUUUUGUGGAUGAUUCUUAUUUGUUCCUCAGAGGCUCUUUACGUGAAUGUGAGAACCUGAUAGAGGUUUUAAACACUUAUGAAGAGCUUAGUGGACAAAGGGUUAAUUUGGCAAAAUCGGCGCUUUGUUUUAGCAAAAAUGUCUCUCUGCCUGAUCAAGAAUUCCUCGCUGCAGUUUUGGGGGUUGGGGCGGUUGGUGUCCAGGACAAGUACCUGGGAUUACCGACGCUGAUUGCGCGAUCUAAAAUGGCCACUUUCUGAUUUCUGGAGAAAAAGAUGUUAAGCAGGCUUCAGGGAUGGAAGCAAAGGACUUUAUCUUGGGCGGCUAAGGAGACGUUGAUCAAAUCUGUUGCCUUAGCUUUACCUCUUCAUGUGAUGUCCUGCUUUAAGCUUCCGCUUUCUUUAUGUCGGCUUCUAGACAGGCAUGUGGCACGAUUUUAGUGGGGAGUGGAGGGGGGCACUCCAAAAUUAGAUGGAUGUCCUGGCGUAGUAUGUGUACUAGUAAGCAUGAGGGGGGCGCCUGGGGUUCCGACGGUUUGAACAGUUUAACCAGGCCUUGUUGGCUAAAAUUGGGUGGCAAAUCCUGUCAGAACCUCAGUCGUUGCUGGCUCAAGUCUAUAAAGGGAAGUACUUUCCUCGAGGCACCUUUCUGACAGCUAUGCUCAGGUCUCGUCCCUCGUGGGGAUGGCAGAUUAUUCUUUAUGGCCGUCAACUGCUUCAGCGUGGUCUCCGUUGGCAGAUUGGAAAUGGGAAGUCUGCUGCCCUUCUCUCUUCUAGUUGGAUUCCCCUUCUUCAUCCUGAUGGCCCGGUCUAUAAUCCACAAGUUCUUCCAGUUGAGGGCGAACCGAAGGUGGAGGUAGUUUUAUGCCCAGAUGAAGGGAAAGUGGUGUGGAGGUAGUUUUCUCCCGACGACAGAGGCGUUGAUCGAGAAAGGCGUUAGGGUCCAGCCUCGUUGUCCUGUAUGCUGGGCGGAAAAGGAGACAAUGGAGCAUAUGUUCUUUGAUUGUCCGGUAGCCAGGGCGCUCUGGGAUUAGGCGGGUCUUGAACAUCUUGGUCAAGGGUUGCCACGACAUACCUUCCUGCUGUUUAUGAAAAAACUGAUGAAUGCCAUCCACCAACCUCAUCUACUCAUGGCAGUUGUAGCUGGUUUGUGGAGGAUUUGGAAAUCUCGUAAUUGGGUUGUCUUUGAGGGCAAACAAUUUGGGAUUCUAGCGCUACUGCGGCAGUAUUAUCAACAAUACCAGGAAUGGAUGAGGAUACCCGGUGAACGAGGUCACCAUCUCUGUCGGUCUAGUGUCUCGUCUGAUUCGACUACGGUUGUGCAGUCUAUUACUUGUAGGUGGGACGGUGCGACGAAGGCUGGGUCUCACGCGGCUGGUGGGAUCGUGAUUAAUGAUCUGGACGGGAACAUACUUCUGGUUCGUGGAGUUCAGUUGCCCGAUACGGAUGACCCUCUAGGGGCAGAGAUGUUGGUUCUUCGGGAAGCGGAGUUGUGGUGUCUGGAGCUGGGUUUCCAUGCGGUUUGUUUCCAAGGUGAUGCCAAGGUCAUUAUUGAUAAAAUUAAUCGACGGGAUGUGCGGGAUGAUCGGAUUGGGGCUUUACUUGAAGAGAUUAUUCUGGUGUUUACUUGUCAUAGUGCGCUUUCUGUUCGUUUUGUAGGUCGGAGUAACAAUAGGACAGCCCAUUUGGUGGCUAAAAAGGCCCUCGCCUGCAUGUCGAUUUUUUGAUUUCCAGACCUGACUGGUUUCCAGGAUGUAAUAUCUUUUUCUCCUAUCUAUCUUUUGUCAAAAAAACUCUAUGUUUCCCCCAACUACAUUUGGAUAAUCAAGUUUGUUUGCCGGAUUCUAUAUAUAUAAAGAUCUCUCCGCCAUUCUUCCGUAGCUUUUGCAUCCCUCUCUUCCCCGUCUUUAUUCUCCAAUCCCAAGAACGUAAACCCAUCAUCCACAUGCGCACAGCUGGUUGCAUUAAUGGCGGAUCAAGUUAUUAACGCGGCUGGGUUCUGUUUUAAAAGUUAGGUUUCCCCAUGACGUGAUACCAUAUUAAUUAGGCAAAAUACACCUGUAUAGCAAUAACUUUCACACUUUUGACAAAUAUAGCCAUUUCUAUUCGAAAACCAAAAAUAGCCCAAAAAAUUGAGGGUAGUUUGACAAAUCUAGCCAAAUCCGUUAGAAACUUUAACGGUGUUAGAAACUCCGUCAGUUAGGUUAACGUUAGGCUGACUAGGAUGCCAAAUUAUCGCACACGUCAGUAACCAGUCAGCAUAUCAUUGCCACGUAAUUUUGAAUGAAUAAAAUAAUUAAUUUUGAAAAAAAAAUCCACCUUCCCUGCCGAUUCCAUUUUCCCACAUCUCCCACUAAUUCUCUGUUGCACCCUCUUCAAUUAGCUGCUGCUUCUCAUCCAAUUCACCCUCCAAAAUCACCACACCACAGCCCACCCCCCACAACCAGUAGCAUCAUCUUCACCACCCCGCCGUCCCCAUCCUCCGGGCUCCGCUCCACCGAGGGCGCCUCUGGCAACUUCUACGGCCAGUUCGUCUCCCCAUCUCCCGCUCUCAUCUCUCUUUUCACCCAACCAUCUCUCCUACAACAACCCUUUCCCCAAUCAAAAGAACCCUAACCACCACCAAUAAUGGCGGCAGCACCUUCUGCCCCCUUGCUUCUUCUCGAUUCAAGCUCGAUGGCUAUCUGGGAAACGGGAAGCGGAAUCGAUUGACUGACGAAUCUACUCGAUUCAUUGCCAACUCUGCGAGACCCUUCCCCUUCCUCCCUUUGCUUCGUCAUCGUCACGGCCAGAGAUUCUUCGCCUCCGAACUCCAUCUCAGCCACUGUCAAUCCUCCACCCUUUAUACCCCCAGCUCCCCACACAGCAGAGAAGAAGCUGGUCGCCCAGCGACAGAGCUUCUCGUUUCACGCCUGGGAUAGAGUCGAGGGUUGAGAUGCACCGAGGCUGUUGGCUUGAGUUUUUUUAUUCGGAAUCGAUGGCAGAUCUAAAUUCAUUCAGAAGGGUUCGAUGGCUGCCACGUCGGUGUCGUUGGGCCAUAUCCCUGCAUCUGUAUUCUUCUCUUCUUUUUUGUUGAAGGUAGGGAAGUAGGCGACGGCGGCUAGGGGUCGGAGAGAGCGGAAGAGGGGGUGAGACCGGUGAGAGGAAGCGGCAGAGGAAGAGAAGAAGAUUGGAAGCAUCAGAGGCAAAUUAGGAGGGAAUAAGAGGCGGUGGAAGAAAUCCCAAUUCAGGGGAAAAUAUUUUUUUUAUUUUUUUAUUUCAAUUUUUUUUGUUAAUCCACGUCAGUUAGCAGGGAUAGUAAAUCGCCAGAUCAGCAUCUUCCGUUAGUACAGUCAUACCGUCAACUGACGCCGUUACCAAAAUGGACGGAAUUGGCUAUUUAUGGUUUUCAAAUAGAAAUGGCUAUAUUUGUCAAAAGUGUGAAAGUUAUGGCUAUACAGAUGUAUUUUGCCUAUUAAUUACGUAAUGUUAUUUGCGAAAUGACUUAGGACUGUCAAUUUGGUUUUGAUUUUUCGGUUUUAAACCAUUUAGCAUAUUAAUGGUUUUGGUUUCGGUUAAAACCAAAAAAGCAAAAAACCGAUAAGGACCCCUGAUUUAUUUGAAGUUAACCAUGUUUUUGGUUUUUGGUUUAUCGAAACUAUUAAAGAGCUUAUCGGUUU